UCCGCAUCCAGCACAACAUCCAUCAUCAUGACUACUGUAUCGCCCUUCGCUCGCAGUAGUGUGUUCGACGAACCUCGUCUCGGCGGGCGUGAGCAGACCAUCGAGGAGAUGUACAGCGUGCCCGAGAGCUUCUUGGAAAUAGAGGUGCGCAAUCCGCAGACGCAUGGGUUCGGACGCAAAAUGUAUACUGAUUAUGAGAUAGUGUGCAAGACCAAUAUUCCUGCGUUCAAGCUUCGACAUUCAGUCGUGCGCCGACGGUACUCGGAUUUCGAGGCGUUUCGUGACAUCCUAGAGCACGAGUCCACACGUGUCAACAUUCCUCCUCUGCCGGGCAAGGUCUUCACCAACCGCUUCUCUGACGAGGUUAUCGAGGCGCGGCGUGAAGGCCUUGAACGCUUCUUGACGGUGGUGGCGGGUCACCCUCUGCUACAGACGGGAAGCAAAGUUUUAUGCGCAUUCUUGCAGGAUCCUGCUUGGGACAAGAACCUAUGGCAAUAAAUAUGCGUGUGCCAUCAUCCUAAUCGUCUUGCCUAUUGAGUUUUCUC